AUGGAUUGCUUGGAAGAUCUUCCAGACAUGUAUGAGGUGCUGGUGACAGCGGCCACGCUGCUGACACUAGCCGAGGAGAAGAUGCUGAAGAUGACUCAGGUUAUCACCAGUCCACUGAAGGAGCCGAUAACGCUGGCGCAGAGGAAGCUCGUCAGCGGAUUCUUCACAUUGAAUCAGAAGAAGCUGGCGGGUAUACUACUGGAAAACAUUGAAGCAGUGAAAUGCCCCCUUCCAGUUGAAGAAGUCUACGAGUUCUUCAGGAAGAGGCGGGUAGAGGUGACCCCCUCCAAUGGCUUAGGAUCAUUCCAGAGUAUGGGAAAGGCUGACAACUCCGUCUUCAAACUCAUGAUCACCCUAGGGCAGAUCAGGAAGAACAUGACAGAGAUGUUGAAACACUCUGCCCCAGGACCGUAUGGCCUGUCCCUGCAGGAUAUUCUUAAUAUAAACCCUCAGGGCAGCCGAUUGGCCACAUUAUUGAACCUGUGGCUAUUGGCUGCAAAGGUCUCAGAUGAGAUGAAGGUUGGAAGGAUGGUCUUAAUACCGAAGUUGACCGAUCCCAAAAAGCUGGCGGACAUGAACAACUGGAGACCCAAUACCAUUGGGCCCAUAAUACUAAGACUGUUCUCCCGGAUAUUGAGCACUGGCUACGAUGGGCGUAAAGGACGGGAGAAACGUCUCCUUCCCGAGGCUUCCCGGAGGUUUCCGAGAGCGACGGUUGGGGCGGGGCCGUUAGUUGCGGCCGUUGGGGCCGGACCGUUAGUUAGAAGCAAGUGUUACCCUUUGAUAAACCCUUUCUGGCAUGAGAGUGUAAACAUCACUGCUUCACACAGACAGCUUUUAUACAUGCACGGGACAUUUGUCAUCCUGAUGCCCCUCAGCCUGAUAUUGAUGAUUUUUGGAGGAAUGACUGGAUUCAUCAGUAUUCUUGCCAGGGCCUACCUACUGCUUGUAAUGACUGGGCUGCUUUUUCUUUUUGGAGCUCUUGUCACACUUACUGGGAUCAGCGUCUAUAUUGCGUAUUCAGCUGCUGCCUUCAAGGAAGCGGUUUGCCUGCUGAGGAGUAAGGAUCUCUUGGUGGAAAUCGACAUCAGAUUUGGCUGGUCUUUGGCACUGGUGUGGAUCUCCUUUGCUGCGGAAGUGCUCACCGGCGCUGUGUUCCUCCUGGCAGCAAGAGUAGUGGGCCUGAGACGGCAGCGUGAGCAGACGUUGUGA